AAAAAGCCAUUGCGGAAAAGAAAAUAAUUUUUAUUGCAAUAAAUGGACUACUCAAAGUUUGGGAACAUGAUGGAGAAGAAUCGAAUAGAGAGUUUCAAGAAGUGGCCCUUUGACGAUAGCAGCGCAUGUAGUAUUAAAAAGAUGGCCGAGGCCGGAUUUUACUGGAGCGGCAACGAACGGGAACCAGAUACAGUUACAUGCUAUGUUUGCAACAAAACUCUCGAUGGUUGGGAGCCAACUGAUGACCCUUGGAAGGAGCAUGCAAAGCAUGCACCACAAUGUAAUUUCGUGAAGUACGGCCGAAAGGAAGCAGAACUGACAGUGGACGAGUUUAUCAAAUUAUUUAGUGCUGCCGUCAAAGGAAGUAUGGAGCAAAACUUAAAUAAAGUAAUGGACCAGUUUAGAAAGUGGGCUGAAAACGAAAAGGAGAAACUUGGCAAAUAAAAGAUUUAUAUCAGGCAUGUUCUGCAAAUCGUACGAUUUUAAAUCGGUGCGAUUUACAAAAUCUAUUUCGGAGGAUUUAUAACAAAGAGGGAAUAAUUUUGGCGCUAAAUCGAUGGGCAUAACGUAAAUGAUGUGUUUCUAUCAGUUUCCAUUUGAAUCAUUUAAUACUUUGAUUAAAAAUAUACAACAAUACUUUGCAAAUCGCACCGAUUUGAAAUCGUACGAUUUGCAGAACAUGCCUGUAUAUCGUGUUUCUUAAUAGGGUUAGUAUUUAAGUUAUUAGAUUAGAAAUAAAUUAUGGAAAAAUAAAGA